ACAGGAACAUGGCUACCGGCUUUUAACAUCUUCAAGACCUCUUCUGUGUGUCUGACCCGGUCUGUGAGAGCCCGACGUCCGUUGUUCUUCCGUGUGUUCGUGGUUUCUCAGCGGAGCCUCCGGAGUCUGGAAGCGGCGUCCUUCUUGUUGUUCACCGCCGGUCUCAUUCAGUGUGGGUCAUCAUGGCGAGUCCAAGGACCAGAAGAGUUCUGAAAGAAGUCAGAACCCAAGAUGAGAAUAAUUUGUGUUUUGAGUGUGGGGCUUUUAACCCUCAGUGGGUCAGUGUGACGUACGGCAUUUGGAUUUGCCUCGAGUGUUCUGGAAAACACCGGGGCCUGGGGGUGCACCUCAGUUUUGUGCGUUCCGUCACCAUGGACAAGUGGAAAGACAUCGAGCUGGAGAAAAUGAAGGCAGGAGGAAAUGGCAAAUUUCGCCUGUUUCUUGAACUUCAAGAUGAUUAUGACCCCAACUGGACUUUACACGAGAAAUACAACAGCCGAGCAGCUGCGCUCUUCAGGGACAAGGUUGCAACUUUAGCUGAGGGGAAGGAGUGGUCCAUUGAGACGUCUGCUGCCAAAAACUGGACACCACCUCAACCCAAAACCAGCCUUUCAACCACUCAUCGUUCUGGAGGACCUGGACAGAACCCAGCGAGUUCUAGUGACAAAGCUUUUGAGGACUGGUUGUCUGACGAUGUUAAUUCUUACCAGAGUGGAGGAGGUUACAGUGGGAACCAAGAGAAUCGUUACGUUGGUUUUGGCAACACUGUGACGCCAGAGAAGAAAGAAGAAGACUUCCUGAACAACGCCAUGUCUUCAAUUUAUUCAGGAUGGAGCAAUUUUACUGUUGGAGCCAGCAAAUUUGCUUCAAUUGCCAAAGACAAUACGACAAAACUGGCAAACCAAGCAACGUUAAAGGCCACAGAGUUAGGACAGACAUUAAAUGAGAAUGUUAUCAAACCCACACAAGAAAAGGUCAAAGAUGGCAAAUUGCUAGAUGAAAUGGCAGUCGGCAUCACGGGGCUGGCAAACAAGAUGCAGGGAGCAGGUGUGAAACUGACCAAUCUGUUAUCUGGAAAACCACAAGAUGGGUCUGGUGGAGAGAGCUAUCAGAAUAUGGAUGCCACUGAGGGGUACCAAGGCAGCUCCAGCCAGCCAGUGUCAAGGGACUUCUGGGAAACUUUUGGCAGCAACAGCUCCUUAAAGGAGAAGAAAUCUCCCAGUAGUGACAGCUGGACCAUGGCAGAUAAUUCAGCGAAGAAGAGCUCUGACAGCUGGGACAAUUGGGGCUCUGAAGGAGCGGCGUCCAACAACAAACACAGCACAGAGGAGGGCUGGGAAGCCUGGGACAACAACUGGGAGAACGCGGAUGGCAAGACAAAGAAGAGUCCUUCAAAACCCGCCGAGGACAGCUGGGAGAACGCGGGCUGGUAGUGGCCUCACAAACAUACAUAAUCAUUUGUUUUCCUCCUCUGGCCUUCUCACUGCCUCCCUCUUUCUCCUCUCUUCAUUUCAUCAGCACUUUCUGGAGUAGAGUUGCAUUAAUCCUGUUUAUGCAUUGAAAUAGAAUUUAUUAUUUACUUUAACAACGAAGAUGCCCAGAAACGAGUUGAGCUCACUAAAAUGGAUCACCUUAAAAUUGUAUUGAUUUCCAGAGCUAUAUUUUAUUAUCAAUGGCCUUCAUCACAAAGAAUCAGACACGAGUGUAGAUAAGAUAUAACGUCCUGUAUGAAUUACCCAAAUAUCGUACUUGUAAAGGUGAGUCAUUCUGUGUUCAUGCUGUUCGUGCUACUGGUGUUUAAUUCAGCAAAUUAAAUAAUGAUGCAUGAAAGAGAAAUUCUAUUGUAAAUAUGAAUCAUUGUAAAUAUGGCUAAAGGCUAAUCAUGCUGUUUGUGUUCAGCCAGAUUUGGCCCUUUAGAUCUUUUGCACGGUUUGAAAAACUGAUUAAUGAAAACCCUUUUUGACAGAUUAGCACUCGUUCCAACCUGCGGUCCGUGUUUUGUUAAACUGCUAUAAAGAAAACAAAGAGACCAAGUCAGUGUAACAAAAUGCUUACGAUUAAAACCUUUAUAGAUAUCUAAUACGGGACUACAUGGUCUUCAUAUAGUCUUGUUUUUAUUCUUGAGAAUUAUUGUUUUCCAAAGGAUGUGUCAAAGAAUUUGGACCAUCAGAGAUGCUAAAUGUUGAUACACCAGCAGGACCAGAAAAUCUCUAAUGGUAUCAAAAUUAUUAUGAACAUGAUGUAUCGAUGCCCAGUUGCACCAAAAUCAACAUCUUAAAUAUUUCAUUAAUGCAGUCUGUGAUUAACUGGAUCAACUGUUAACACGUUUAGUUUUAUGAGGAAAAAAAAAACAUAUUUCUGAGCAGCUGAAUUUGACGUUUUACUAAAU